AGUAUUCUGUGCAUUUGGAAGUCAAUGUGCUCUCAUGUCAAGUUCUCCAAGUAUUAUAAAUCCUCGACGUGGGACUAAAUAUGAUUUCUGCUGAAAGUAAAUCAAGAAAGAAAAGGAAAGAUGAAAAGAGAGAGCUGUACAGCGGCUGGGAGAGCUCUGAUGCAGACAAUGCACUGAAUGACGAUAAUGCAAUUCAUGUCUGGCAGAAGUCAAAACAGCAAGAGAAAUGCAGAUAUUUGGAUGAAAGGAACAUUGUAUUAUCUUUAACUGUUACAUCCUGGUUCUCUGGCUCAGAGGGGAAUGAUGUGGCAGAAACAUUAUUCCCAAGAUGUGACACAUCUCAAGAUAAUGCUCCCUCUACUAAAUCUCCUGUAGCACUCCAAGCUCGGCCCAACAAUUUGAGCCAAAGCACUUCAGACAUGGACUCUUUCCAGAUAAACUCCAUGUCUACUCAUUCAAUGACCCAUAAACAAAAUAUCAUUCAUAGCCCCAGUCCAAGCAUCUCGGAGCUAAAGCAGAAUCAGACGUUAAUACUAGGGGCUUCUGCCACUCAUGAGCAGACAUCUGAGGAAUCACUGACCUGGCGAUGUAAAGGAUUUGCUCCAAUGAAUCGUGAAGCAAAACCAGCUGAACCUCUGCCUCUCUGCAAAUGGCCAGAUGCCAAGAGACUGGAAUGGUGCCAGAAGAGCUUGGCUGGACUGGCACAUCUGGGGGUGCAUUCACCCAAAAAUCUGCUGCCUGCUUGCAGACACAGGCCAGUGAUACAGAGGCCAGUUGUGGGUCAUACAGAAGAGCAGGUGCAUAACCGACAUGUGCAGAAAAGCUUCUUCUGGACAGCAGCAUCCAAAAGCCUGCUGAAUGAAGAUGGCACAAGGCCAGCUACACUAGUAGACCCAUGUAACCAAGACGUGUAUAGCUAUUUGUGGAGUGCAGUGCAAGCAGAAACAGAAGGCUGUGGCAAGAAACUGGAACAAGACAGUGGACACAAGUUACACAGAAACAGUGUGAGCUGCUUGUCGGACAUGCUGUGCCCGUCAGGAUGCCAUGGGAACGGCACGUCCUCCACCAUUUCACAUGAUAUCACUUUAUUCCACAUUCUCCAAGUACUACAGAGCAAACCAGCACAUUUCCCCCAGGUCAGAGGACAGAGACGCCUCGAGACACUUCCUACUCUGAAUGCCUGAAUGCAUCCUUGAGAACAAUGUAAUAUUUUUCCACAUUCUCAACAUGUCACUCUGGCAAACAGCAGCCAAACAAGGUCAGAAUAUAUUUUAUUCAAAGACAUUUCCUCUACAGUGUAAAAGGUCAUGGUUUGAUGAGACACAAUAUUUUUAAUGAAGCUGUGAGCUGGAACUGAUUAAAAUUCAGAAGAUGCCGACCUGCAACAUUCAUACAAAAACCAACAGCUACACAAAUGGGAAAGUCACAGGUGAACGGCGAAAGAAACGAAUCAUUAAAAAAGUCCAGAAGGUUGUAAGCACGCACUUUUACAACCAAAGAUUCUGUAGAAACUUGUAAAGAAAUAGAAAAUCGCAGUCAUGAUUAUAAUAUGCAAAAUAGAAAUGUUAUAAACAAAUCAGGGAUUUAAAUGAGAAAUUAAUUCCAGUCAUUGGAACAGUAAUUCAACAAGUUAUAUCACCAAUUCUCAGGACUUUUUUCUGUUUUUUUUUGAUGAAUCACACAUGGAACAAUAAAUACUUUUUGUUAUUUUAUAAGACACAUAACAUGUACUGUACAAACUUGAGAAAAUAAACAGUAAGAAAAAUCUGAGAAACUAUACUGUAUGUGCAUUU